UUGCACUUCCCUUCUUUCUUUCUUUCUUUCUUUCUUUCUUUUAUUUUUAUGCUUUUUUCUUUGAUCCUUGAUUCUUUUAUUCCUUUUUCUUUCCAUUGUGUUUCCUUUCUUUCCUUCCUUCUUUCUUUCUUUCCUUCCUUCUGUUUUCCUUAUUUCUUUCCUUCCUUCUUUCUUUCUUUCGUUCGUUCUUUCUUUCUUUCCUUCCCUCUUUCCUUCCUUCCUUCUUUCUAUCCUUCUUUCUUUCCUUCCUUCUUUCUUUCUUUUAUUCUUUUUUCCUCCCUUCUUUUUUCUUUAUUUCUUUCCUUCCUUCUUUCUAUCCUUCUUUCUUUCCUUCCUACUUUCUUUCUUUUUCUUUUUUUCCUUCCUUCUUUUUUCUUUAUUUCUUUCCUUCCUUCUUUCCUUCUUUCUUUCCUUCCUUCCUUCCUUCUUUCUAUCCUUCUUUCUUUCCUUCCUUCUUUCUUUCUUUCCUUCCUUCUUUCUUUCUUUUAUUCUUUUUUCCUUCCUUCUUUUUUCUUUAUUUCUUUCCUUCCUUCUUUCCUUGUUUCUUUCCUUCCAUCUUUCUUUCUUUCUUUCCUACCUUCCUUUUUCUUUUAUUCUUUUUUCCUUCCUUCUUUUUUCUUUAUUUCUUUCCUUCCUUCUUUCUUUCUUUCUUUCCUUCCUUCCUUCUUUCUAUCCUUCUUUAUUUCCUUCCUUCUUUCUUUCUUUUAUUCUUUUUUCAUUCCUUCUUUUUUUAUUUGUUUCUUUCCUUCUUUCCUUAUUUCUUUCCUUCUUUCUUUCUUCCUUUCUUUCCUUCUUUCUUUCUUUCUCUCCUUCUUUUUUCCUUAUUUCUUUCCUUCCUUCUUUCUUUCUUUUAUUCUUUUUUCCUUCCUUCUUUUUUCCUUAUUUCUUUCUUUCCUUCUUUUUUUCGUUCGUUCUUUCUUCUUUCUGCUUCUGUAUCAUUCUUUCUUUCCUGUAUUUUGUUUUUUCGUUUAUUUCUUUUUCCUUCAUCUAUUUACUAUUUCUUUCAGGAUACUGAUUCAUUAUUGA